AUGAAGGGUUCACUUCUGGGUUUCCUCCUGCUCCUGUCAGUAAUGUUUGCUGUGCUGAGAGGAGAGCCCCCCAAGAAGGGGCAAUCAGAUGCCAACACCAAGCUGCUGCCGACUCUGCAUAAGAGCCUGGUGGCCCAGGACCAGAGGAGGGAGAAGUCAGAGAAGCCGCCUGAUUCAGAUGGCACAAAUCCUCAUGAUGGAACCUCAUCCUUAAGGAGCCAAAAGACCCCCGGGAGUGAAGCAGACCUCCCUUGGCCUUUGUUUGCUCAGGACAGGGGCACCUCAGAUCUAUGGACUGGGCCCAAGCCCCACCCUUGGCCCCUGGGAGGCCUAAAAAACCCAGUGUGCUGGGUAAAAGUAGGUAGGGGUGGGGAGGGGGCCACAGACCCCCUCCAGGUGGUGGGGGCUCUGAGUAGUUAUGAGAGGGGCUUUGUGGAAGCGCUGAGACAGGCCCGCUGGGACAAGCAAGACCUGGCCACCUUUGGGAUCUGCUCCCCAGGGGGCACAGGAGCCGCUCACCUCUCUCUGCAGCAUUUGGGGGAACGGCUAGUGGAGCCAGGUGGGCGGAGUCUCGUGGUUCUACACCUAGAAGAAGUGAGGUGGGAGCCGGAGCUGAGCCUGUGGUUCCAGGAGCCCCCGCCAUCAUUUCAAGGAGCUGGCACCCCGGAGGCGGCCUUGCUGGUGCUGUAUCCCGGGCCUGGGAGAGGCGGAGUCCAGCCUGGGCAGGAGUUCCAGGUCACUGGAGCUGGACUACACCCUCAGCAGAGCCUCUGUCUCUCCUUGGACACCCGCUACCUGGUCCUGGCUGUGGAUGGGAUGGCUGGUGAUAGGCUCUCCCUUGCUUUGCACCACCGAGGUAGAGCUGGCCCCUCUCUGGCCACUCCAGAACUCCAGGCCCUGCUUUUCGGUUUGGACCACAAGUGCUUCACUCGGAUGACUCCGGUCCUACUCUUGCUGCAGGAGCACAGCGUGGGGACUAAAACCAACCCCAGACCUCUCCCGGCAGAAGGUCGGCUAGAUACAGCACCAUACCCGCUGCCCAGGCCAUCCUCCCAGCCACCUGCCACAGCAGCCUCUCCAAGUUCCACAGACCCAUUCCUGGAGAUGCUGACCCACCUGGUUCGAGGAGUCCUGGGUCCUCCUUCUAGCCCCCACCCACUGCGUAUGGCUUUGGAUCCCGAGGCACUGGAGGCCCUCCCACACCAGGUUUUCAAUCUCUCAGACCCUGCCACCCUAGAGCAGUUGGUGGAGUCAGAGGACCCACUGUUGCUCCUGUUUCCAGCAGGAAGCCCUGCCCUGCUGGAAGGCCUGGCAGGACGGUGGCAGGCCCAGGGGCGUCCAGCCCAGCAUUUGGCAGGCAAGCUGCAGGCUGUGGCAAAGGAGUUGCUGGGCCUGCCUGCCCUGCAGUCCCACGCUGAGCUCCUGCACCAGCUCCUGGCCCUCUGCCCAGCUCCGACCAACAGCAGCGGCAGUGGCCAGGCAGAGGGCAAGGCCCCUGCCCCGGCCAGCCAGCUCCGGGCCCUGCUGCUGCUGAAGGCCCUGCAGAGCCUGAAGGCUGAGUGGAGAGAGCGGAGGAAGGCUUCCCGGGCCCUCCGAAGUGCCAGGCUUGGAGGAGACAGUUCGUGCCGGCUUCAGGAGCUGAGCGUGGACCUACGGGCUGAACAAUCUGUCCUCAUCCCUGAGACUUACAUGGCCAACAAUUGCCAGGGCCCCUGCCAUUGGCCGCAGUCUGACCGGAGCCCCAACUACAACAACCACGUGGUGCUGCUGCUGAAGAUGCAGGAGAGGGGGGAGCCCCUGGGCCGGUCUCCCUGCUGUGUGCCCACCGCCUAUGCAGGCAAGACUCUCAUCAGCCUCUCUGAAGAGGGCUUGAGUGCCCGCCUCAUGCCCAACAUGGUAGCUACAGAGUGUGGCUGCCGGUAG